AUGAUCUACGAGGAGCUCCUCCUUCCACCAGCUCCGAAAGUCACCAGACCUCAACCAUCCGCCAACCGCCGCAACAACGACCAAAGUCCCAGCAACAGCGGCGCCCCUCCACCACCCCCUUUCCGUCUCCACGAUGCACGACGCACACUGCAAAUCCGCACCGCCGACCCAGCAUCGCUUUCGCCAUCGUCCUCCUCCUCCCACUGCACUCGCCCCCGCUACCUCGCGCGCGACCCUCUCCGCAGCCGCACCAUAACCACAACCUACGCUCUCCACCACAAUCCAGGCCUCCACCCCGCCAUCCUCCGCACCUGCCACCAGUGCUACACCGAAGCCCUGCCGACGCUAUACGCCGCACACACGUUCGACUUCGACACGCACAUCGAGGCCAUCGUGCCGUUCCUCAGCACACUCGGCUGCGUCGCGCGGCAGAGCAUCACAAGCAUCGCGGUUGUCAAACGCGUGCUGCCGGCUGUGGGGCAGGAGUUCGAUAAGGCGGAGUGGCGCGCGGCGUGCGCUUAUAUGGCGCGGGAGCUGGUGGUCCCGCGGCUGAGGCUGGUGGUAGGCGUGGUGGGGGCGGCGGAGCCGGUGGGUGGGUGGGGGGAUGUGCCCGAGUUAACGGUAGAACAAUUUAGGCUUGUGCAGCCGAGGGGCUUGAGGAGAUGGUCUAGGCCGGGGGCGGUCCGGCGGGCUGGGGAGGGUGUGGAGGAUGGGUUGGGGCUGAAGGAGAUUGCGGGUGUUGAUUUUGAGUGGGUGCAGCAAUUGUUUUGGUUGCACGGUUUGAGAGAUAUUCAGAUCAAGGCGUUGGCGGAGAAUAUUGCACCGCCUUCCCACAAGAAAAUCUUCCGGAAGCUGUACAAACCCCUCUGGAAGCCGAUAACUUCACCAAAAGCCUACAAGAGAACAUCCCCUAUGCAGCUCUGGAGCAAGACCAGCGUCAGAAGCGGCCGACCAUAUGCGGACUUCGACGGAAAGUAUUCUGCCACGACAGCACCAUCACUACCAACGAGUACGGGCACACUCGCCAAGGCGACCAGCAUCGCGUCCAAUUCCAAGCUUGCCGCUCUAAAUUUCACCAUCUCUGGAGUCACCUACAACCAAGUCUUCUGGCAAGAUACCAACGGCACAAUCCAGCAAUCAUCAUGGAAUGAUAGCAGCAAAUCCUGGAUAGUCAGCGCCGUAACAGUCCCUACAAAUAUGAGAGAUGUAGACAAUAACAACCCUUCGUGGGAAGACAUCAACGUCAAGAAUGGAACGCCCCUCUCCGUCGCCAAUGAAGUCAGGGAGGAUUUCUUCCAGACCAGCCUCAUCUGGCUGGAUGAUAAAACUGGACUUCAAAUGGCAUACCAAAGGAAGGAUGGCCCGUGGCAGCUAGCUGAUGGCUGGGCAAGCUCUCGCUUUCCCAUUGCUUCAUAUUCACACAUAGCGAGCUCGUGGAUCGAAGACUGCGACAGCUGCAUGCGGAAGGAAGUUGCUGUUUUCCAGAACCUCGACAACGACCUGCUGAUGAUCAACCGAUCAACGAACGAUGCCGGUGAAGCUUUCAAAAUCAGUGGAGAUCGCCCAUCCCAGGCCUCUUCAUUUGCCUGUGCACCUAGAUGGAAUAAAGGAGUGCUGGGUCUAACAUACUUCACGGACGUUAAUGAGGCCAUUCAGGUGGUAGGCUUUACUCCGCCUUUGGGGACGGCAGAUAAUACAAGUUACUGGUCUGUCGACACCGACGCAAUUGAUAUUGCCGCCUUAUCUUACGGAUAUACCGAUGACGGAUCAACAGUGUAUACGCAAGCUCUGUUGACGCAGCCACAAUCCGACAGUGGAGGAGUGUGGACCGUUAGGAGAAAGGAAAGCUUUUGGCAGAGCGGAUCCGCUCUUGACGGAAUGUCAGACGUGCUCAGCUAUUCGGCCAUUGCUGCGAACCAGAAUCGUCGAGUCUACGCCAUGAUUGAGAAUGAAGCGGGUAAUCUUGAACUGUUUGAGUGGGAGCUGGACGACCUCGGCGAUGCCACAGCAGUUGGAACUGUAUCAACAACGAUCAUGGGAAAUUAG